CUCAUUUAGCUGACCAAUUUUGCAGCCCUACAUUUCAUUUGCAUUUCAUUUGCUACUCAUUGCAGCUUCAUUUCUUCAACAUUUGCAGCUUAGUUUGCUGCACAUUUUUGCUGUCAUCUGACAGCUUCAUUUCCAUCAUAUCUGCAGCUAAAUUGCUGCCAUAUUUGCUGUCAAUUUUUUGCCUCCUUGCUGCCAUGAAAUGGCAGCUUCAUCUCAUCAUUUUUCAGGUAAAAGGUCAUCUGACUGGAAGUUCAAACUAAUCCUAGGAGUGGCAGUACCUGCAGCUGUAGCUGUAGCAAUAUCUUUUGUAGUCCUUCUCUUCAAGUUUAAAGGAGAAUUAUCAUUAGGUUCGAAGACUCUUAACUUUGGCCAAAUUAGGAAAACGAAAAUGAACGACGAACAGGUUGAGGCACUCAUUCUUGAGUUUGGUAACUCUCUUGCUCCCAAGAGAUUUUCAUAUUCAGACAUCAAGAAAAUCACCAAUUCAUUCUCAGAAAAAUUGGGUCAAGGAGGAUACGGCAGUGUAUACAAAGGGACAUUACUUGAUGGCCGUGUUGUGGCAGUAAAAGUACUUAAGAAAUCCGAAGGGGAUGGACAGGAAUUUAUCAAUGAAGUUGCUAGCAUUAGCAGAACAUCGCAUGUCAAUAUAGUCACUCUAUUGGGGUUUUGUUACCAGAGGUCAAAAAGAGCUUUGAUUUAUGAAUUCAUGCCUAAUGGAUCACUGGAUAAGUUCAUUUAUAAUCAAGGAUCUUCAGAGGAAAAUAAUCGGCUUGAUAUUAAGACUUUGUAUGAAAUUGCUGUAGGCAUUGCUCAAGGACUGGAAUACUUACAUAAAGGUUGUAACACAAGGAUUUUGCACUUUGACAUUAAACCCCACAAUAUCCUUUUGGACAAGAACUUUUGUCCAAAGAUCUCUGAUUUUGGUCUUUCUAAAUUAUGUGAAACAAGAGAAAGUAUUGUUUCAAUGAUGGGGACCAGAGGAACUUUAGGAUAUAUUGCUCCAGAGGUGGAUGACAAAGCGUGUCAGAAGUGCCUAGAUUCCAAGGGAAAGUGUGGCAUUGGCUUUGACAAUCAAACGGUUUGCUACUGUCUGGGAUCAAGUACUUCACUUGCAGAAUGCCCUCCCCUGCCUGCUAACAUGCCUGCUACCAUUUCCCCUCCAGCAGCAGCCAAUAAGCCAGGUAAUAGGUCAUCCAACUCGAAGUUUAAACUAAUCCUAGGAGUGGCAGUACCUGCAGCUGUAGCUGUAGCUGUAGCAAUCUCUUUUGUAGUGCUUCUCUUCAAGUUUAAAGAAGAAUUAUCAUCAGGUUUGAAGACUCUUUACUUUGGCCAAAUUAGGAAAACAAAAAUGGACCAUGAACGGGUUGAGGCAUUCAUUCUUAAGUUUGGUAACUCUCUUGCUCCCAAGAGAUUUUCAUAUUCAGACAUCAAGAAAAUCACCAAUUCAUUCUCAGAAAAUUUGGGUCAAGGAGGAUACGGCAGUGUAUACAAAGGGACAUUACUUGAUGGCCGUGUUGUGGCAGUAAAAGUACUUAAGAAAUCCAAAGGGGAUGGACAGGAAUUCAUCAAUGAAGUUGCUAGCAUUAGCAGAACAUCACAUGUCAAUAUAGUCACUCUAUUGGGGUUUUGUUACCAGAGGUCAAAAAGAGCUUUGAUUUAUGAAUUCAUGCCUAAUGGAUCACUGGAUAAGUUCAUUUAUAAUCAAGGAUCUUCAGAGGAAAAUUAUCGGCUUGAUAUUAAGAAUUUGUAUGAAAUUGCUGUAGGCAUUGCUCAAGGACUGGAAUACUUACAUAAAGCUCGUGCUGCACAUCUUUCAGCUCAUGCUCGACCUCUGCACCUCGUGUUCAAGUUUUGCACUUCGUGUUCAAGUCUCGCAUUUGACCUCGGUAGCUCAUGUUUGAGCUUUGCACUUCGUGCUCGACCUCUGAAGCUCAUGGCUGACCUCGACUGUAAGUGUUUGAACUCUGCAACUCGUGCUAAAGUUCUACACUUCGUGCUCGACCUCUGCAGUUUGGCACUUCAUGCUCAACCUUUGCAGCUUUGAGAAUUUUCAAAUCUCAAAUUGCGGCGAAUCUCUGAGGAGAUUUGCUCAAGGCGUUUGGUAUUCUUCUGCCAACAGUUCGUGGUUGAGCUCGGCACUUCAUGCUCAACCUCUAUAGCUUUUAGAUUUUUCAAAUCUCAAAUUGUGGCGAAUCUCUGAGGAGAUUUGCUCAGGGCGUUUGGUAUUCUUCUGCCAACAACAGAUAUCCUUUUGUCUCCCCGCAAUAAAUGCUGGCUCAGCAU